UAUAAACACAAUCACAGAUGUCUUUGUCCAAGCUGUCUGCCUCUCUCUCUCCCUCUGCCAGAUUCUAAUCACUAGCACCAGCACUGAGAGAGAUGGAGAGAGAGCAGAGAGAAAGAGGGGAGGAAGAGAGAGAAAGAGAGAGAAAGAGAGGGGAGUGAGAGCAAGCAAGAAAGCUGAGAGAGCUGAGAAAGGGGGGAGAGAGAGCAAGCAAGAGAGGGAGAGAGCUAAGAGAGAGGGAGAGAGAGCGAUAGCUGUGAAGAGAGAAUGAGCAAGAGAGAGUAUGUAUACUACAGAAUCCACUGCCUUCUCUACUAUUCCCACAUCUCUGUGCUUGUGAACUGGAGCAAGGAGUGAAUCUCAGGAGCAUGUUUUGCGGGUGUAUUUUGGGACUGUCAGCUACAAUGUUGGCAUGAAAUUAAAUGAAAAAAGGCUUUGAAUCUGUCUGUCUUGGAGGUGGAAAAGAGCUUGGAAACAUAGAAAAGCAAACUAUUUCAUAGACUGAAUUGGAUUUAACGCAACAAGGAAAAUGCUGUCAAACUGGAGUUACAAUUAAACCUUAAGGGACUGGCACUGAGGACACGACCCUGCUUCCCGUGGAUUGGAUACCUCGCGCUACCCAGAUCAGCCUGUUCAGACUCAUAGCUCCUCAGUGGGGCAAAUCACUUUGUGUAGUUCACUGGGGAAAGAGGAGGAAGCUGACUUUAUGGGUCCCUUCCAACAAGUUGGAAAUCGCAAAUUCAACAAUGAGAGGUUUGGAAGGAAUCAGUGGCUAACAGCAAGCAUUUCAAAGCAACCACUAGCCUGCUAUUCAGUGGAGUGGCUGUGUGUUUUUUUCCCCAGAGAUUCCACCUUAAAUACAGAGAAUGCCAGACUUUGAUGACAAAGUUUGAUGACAAAAUUUGCCCACAAAGGACCACCGUGCCACCUUCCUGUUUAAGUGAGCACAGCACAAGGUAAUGACGUGGCUCAGGUUUGACCCCGGAGAUGCCGAAGAGACGAGACAUUCUGGCCAUCGUGUUGAUCGUGUUGCCUUGGACGCUACUUAUCACUGUUUGGCAUCAGAGUGCCAUCACCCCUCUGCUAGCUGCUCGAAAGUGUAAAGGUCAUUCCUCAAAUUCCCCAUGUAGGGGGUUUUAUGAUGACAGACAUGAGAGUCGGCGAGACUCCCGGAACACCUUCACCCUCAAGGAGCCCUGCACCUCAGAGAACAACAAGGACAUUGUGGAGGUUGUGCGCACCGAGUACGUCUACAGCCGCCAGCCGCCCUGGUCUGAUGUCCUCGCCACCCUCCACGUCAUCACCCCAACCUACAGCCGGCCGGUCCAGAAGGCAGAGCUGACCCGUCUGGCCAACACCUUCCUCCACGUGCCCAACCUGCACUGGAUCCUGGUUGAGGACUCUCAGCGACAAACCCUGCUAGUCACCAGGCUCCUUCAGGAAACAGGCCUGAACUACACCCACCUUAAUGUGGAGACACCCAGGAACUAUAAGCUGCGUGGGGACAUGAGGGACCCCAGGAUACCCCGGGGAACCAUGCAGAGGAACCUGGCUCUGCGCUGGCUUAGAGAGACCUUCAGCCCCAACAACAGCAACAGCCAGCCUGGUAUCGUCUACUUUGCAGACGAUGAUAACACCUAUAGUCUGGAUCUGUUUGAGGAGAUGCGUUCAACAAGGAAGGUGUCUGUGUGGCCUGUAGCCUUUGUGGGCGGCCUGCGGUACGAGUCCCCUAAAGUCAAUACCCUGGGCAAGGUUUACGGCUGGAAGACUGUGUUUGACCCCAACCGACCCUUUGCCAUAGACAUGGCUGGGUUUGCGGUGAACCUCCGCCUCAUUCUCUUUAAGCCUCAGGCCUACUUCAAGCUGCGGGGAGUCAAGGGAGGAUACCAGGAGAGCAGCUUACUGCGGGAGCUGGUCACCCUCAGCGACCUGGAGCCCAAGGCUGCUAAUUGCACUAAGGUACUUGUAUGGCACACGAGGACAGAGAAGCCUGUCCUGGUGAACGAGGGAAAGAAAGGAUUUACGGACUCCAACGUGGAGAUAUAAAACUUAUUUUGGAUCACAGGUUAUAUAUGGCUGGGAUUCCAAACGGACUGGCAAAAGACAAGCUCCGGGCAAGCAGGAUCAGGGUGAAAUGUAUAUUUACUGUAAUACGACUGUAAAGGGAGUAAGACAGCCUUAUUGUUUACUACAAGCAGUACACAGCUACGUAUCAAUACAGGCAUAGAAUAUCAAAGCACAGAUUCAUGGAGGAUGGUGAUACUGUAUCUAGCUAAGCGCUUUACUGAUGCAUCAAUGGAAGACGCCCACAAGGAGCUUGCAACUUAAACAAAAGACUGUCGGCGGUUCAAACAACAGGAUGGCUUCAUACAGUGGUCAACAGGAAGCGGCCUUAACCCAGCUGACACAAACCAACAUGAUCGUAACCAGGCACUGGACCAAACUGAAUCAAUCAGAGGCCCCGAAUAGCUUUUGUCUGUUGGUGAUUAGGCUCCUUUUGUUGUGGAGCGGACUGUACUUGGGGUGCAGAACAGAGCUGGAUAAAGUAGUUCUUGUCUGACUGGAGUCAGCAUUGACUGACAGACUGAUCUGGAAAGGACAUGAACCCUUCCCACGUCCCAUUGUAAAACACUGAGCUAUUCAGACAGCUCUGCUCCCUCAAACCUAUCACUAAUUAGAACACGUCUCACACAUACACGUCUGUACACAAACAUCCGCACGCAUAUACGCACAGAGUAAUCAGUGUAGGAACAAUGAUUUAGCAUAACCCCCGUACUGUAAUGCCAGCUUUUAUUUGCUGUUGCAUCUUUUACUGAUCAUAUAACACUAUAUUAGCACUUUCAGGUCAGGGUCUGUUGUCUGUUACAGUUUCUCAAUCACGUACAAGCAUUUUUUUUAACAAUCGAUUUUCAAAACAAAGUUCACAAGACAGAACUCUGUGGCUUUUCGCAAAACAGUAAAUGGUUGCCUUACCAAAAUGUAUUUGCCUUCUCAAAUUAUAAAUACAUUAAAUCAAAACUAAAAUUGUACAUUCAAAAUUGCUAAUAAAUUGAUCAAAACAACACGACUGCCUGCAAAAAGAUGAACACAAAUAUACUUAUCUCGAGUCCAAGUAGACUCGAGAAAAAAAUCCCAGUAGAUCAAUAGAUUUUCCUUGCAGUUACUAAAUCAUGAUGAUCAAAAUUGUAAGUUCAACUAUCCAAAAGUGCAGAAUUAUGUGCAAUUACUCUCCUUUUAUGCAUAUUUCACCAAACAAUUUCAUACACAUUAAAUUAAAUAUAUUCCUGAUAAGAAACAAAAUUAGCACAUUGUGUGCAGGAUUCAUCGAUAUCAUCACAAUCCAAUUCCAUUCCAUAGUCAAUACAUAACUAUGAGCAAACCAGGCUUUGUAGACUCCAUUGGUGCACAGAAACACAAUCCAAAAUAGAAAUAAGGAAAGGUGAAUACAAUGGAAGAAUACAACUGGUAUGAAUGUAUAGGGAGGCCUCAAAGCAAAACCUCUAUAACAAUAGGGUCAGUAUCUCCUGUAAAAUCUAACACGAAACCCAAACCGGCUGCGUGCGUGCACCAUCGUGCGCCAUCGUGCAUACAUUUACUUUGUCCCCCCACACCAAACGCAAUCACGACACGCAGGUUAAAAUAUCAAAACAAACUCUGAAC